UUAUCCUCUCACACACACUCGUUUCUCUCCCCCUCUCUCUCUCUCUCGCAACGGCGGACGGGCUGUUCUCCCAAGUCUUCGACAGCACAGUUCAUACUUCUGACACUCUCUUCUCCCCCCCUGAAAUCCUCGUGUUCUACUUUUUCCCACCUGAUUUUCUAGACAAUUUUCUGGGGAAACAUAUACUGCUUUUUUCCGUCUCGGAUUCGGCAGCUCACAACGUCAAAAACUCCGCUUUUUGUUUUUGCGUGAUCUGAGCUAAAGUCUGUCUGAUCCGUCGAUCUGAAGCAUGGAGAGGAUAGUUGGAGGUAAAUACAAGCUCGGCCGUAAGAUCGGAAGUGGAUCGUUUGGCGAAAUUUUCCUUGCAAAGCAUAUCGAUACGUUCGAGAUUGUAGCCGUCAAAAUUGAGAAUAACAAGACUAAGCAUCCUCAACUUCUUUACGAGGCCAAGUUAUACAAUAUUCUCCAGGGAGGAAGUGGUAUUCCCCAUAUAAAAUGGUCUGGAGUGGAUGGAGAAGACAACGCUCUUGUCCUUGAUUUGCUGGGUCCAAGUCUAGAGGAUCUCUUUGUAUAUUGUGGUAGAAAGUUUUCAUUGAAGACUGUCUUAAUGUUGGCUGAUCAGAUGAUGACUAGGAUUGAGUACGUCCACUCUAAAGGGUUUUUACAUAGAGAUAUUAAACCGGAUAAUUUUCUUAUGGGCCUUGGUCGAAAAGCAAAUCAGGUUUACAUCAUUGAUUUUGGUCUUGCUAAAAGGUAUAGGGAUGCAACUACGAAUCGCCACAUUCCGUACAGAGAGAACAAGAAUUUAACAGGAACUGCACGAUAUGCAAGCUGUAAUACUCAUCUUGGGAUCGAGCAAAGCAGGCGGGAUGACCUCGAAUCUUUGGGAUAUGUACUUCUUUAUUUCUUAAGAGGAAGCCUACCAUGGCAGGGUCUCAAAGCUGCCACCAAGAAGCAAAAAUAUGACAAAAUAUGUGAGAAGAAGUUAUCAACCCCUAUUGAGGUCUUGUGCAAGUCUCAUCCUGUUGAGUUUGCGUCAUAUUUCCAUUACUGUCAUUCUUUGACAUUUGAUCAGCGGCCUGACUAUGGUUUUUUGAAACGUCUCUUCAGAGAACUCUUCACUCGAGAAGGAUAUGAAUUUGAUUACAUAUUUGAUUGGACCAUCCUAAAAUACCAGCAGGCACAAAGUAGUAGAACACAGCAACGGCCACUGCAUGGAGAGAGCAGCCGAAGAGUUCCAUUGGAUUCAGAAAAGCAUCAAGUGGGAAACAAUGCUCCUUAUUCUGCUGAGUUGACAAAAUCAAGCAUUCCUACUAGUCCUGGUGCUCGUGCACAAUUCAAGUUGUCAACAAAUCGGAAUUUGGCUUCUGGCAAUCUUGAAACAGUUGAGAGAAAUAUGCUGAGCAAUGCAUACAUGGCAUCUACAUCAUUGUCUCCAGCUGGUUUUGGAAGAGCAAGUGCAACUAAACCUACUUUACCUGCUGAAACGACCAAUGCUGGUCAUGUAAAUGGUGAUAAUUCUGGUGCAGGCAGCUGGAUUUCCUCUUUACGUCGCAUUUCUUCUGCCAAGUGAUAAGAGAUGUUAAAGAAUUGUUGCUUAAGUUGGGUGCAGACUUGGUAUCAAUUAGAAUAGGACAUGGAGCUAUCAAAGGAAGGUUGAUAAUCCCAUACUGGUUCAUGGCUGCAGUCCCAACAACCCGAGAUGCAUCAAUUGACAGCAAGCAAGGCCCGAGAGCACAUUUUGCCAUUCAUCUUGUCAAGGCUCGGGUUAGACUUUUUCCUAGAUGACUAUAAACAAAUUCACGUUUGCUUGCAGAUCACAGAGCUUUGUUCCUGUGGUGUUGUGUACGUUGAAAGAAUCAAUUCCUGAAAUUUAGGCUGCUUAGUUUGGUGUAAAAUCAAUGAUAUGUUUUAAGUUUUUGUUCUUUGUCAGCAGAUCGUAAGUUUCCUUUGUGCAUAUAGUGAUGGUUGACUGGUUGUUUCUCUCACUCACAUUUCUUCAUCUGAGUUGCACAUGUUGUAAGUGCUGUGUUGUUUUGUAUUUUCUGCCAUUCAAGCACCAUUUGUAUGAAAAGCACAAUUACAAUGCAGUUGGAUUCCUUGCAAUAAUGGGAAGUUUGAACUUAAUGAUA